AUGCAGGGGGACUUGCCUGCUGGUUUCACUUUCUCUUGCCACACCUCGGCAAGUUGGUAUCGCAACUAUAUUGCAAGAGAUUCUCAGCACACAACAGGAAACCCACAAGGAAGCAUAGCAACAUGACUUGCAUUUAUGGGGAUGUCAUGGACAUUGAAACAACAGGAGCAUCAGAAGAAACUGCUCGCCAAGACAACCUGACUGUUCAAGGAGUGGCUGCAUCCCGCAAGCUCGCGGAACAUGACCUCGGCAGGAUGAAGAAAUACCGUGACCUCAUCAUCAAAGUGGGACGGGCUCACCAAAUGGACCCGGCCAUCAUUAGUGGGAUCAUCUCCAGGGAGUCUCGAGCCGGGGCGGCACUGAAGGAUGGCUGGGGCGACCAUGGGAAUGCUUUCGGACUCAUGCAGAUUGACAAGCGGUACCACACGCCAUUGGGAAAAUGGGACAGCGAGCAGCACAUCAGCCAAGGCACCCAGAUUCUGAUCGACUUCAUCAACGAAAUCAGGCGCAAGUUCCCAGACUGGCCCAAGGAGCACCAAUUUAAAGGAGGGAUAUCAGCCUACAACGCCGGACCCAGAAAUGUCCGAACUUAUGAUCAUAUGGAUGUUGGCACCACUGGAAAUGACUAUUCCAAUGAUGUAGUGGCGAGAUCCCAAUGGUUCAAGCAGAAUGGUUUUUAAAGAGGACCAUGGGCACGGAUGGGGAAUUCAGAUGGCUCAAUCAAAACAAUUUAGUUAAGAAUUGCAAGUGCAGUUGAUGUCGGGUUCUGGGGACUGAUUGGGUGUAUGAUUUCAAUCUGAUAAAUUAAUAAAAAACAUGAAAAUA